AAGAAAUCAGAUUGUCUUUGGAAGCUGCAGUAGAAUCAGCAUAUUAGUUCAGCGGAAGGACAUGGGAGAGUUAGCAGAGUGGAAUACUUUAAUUGUAUUGUAUCCAGAUAAAGUCUGGAUACUCAUGCCUAACUAAAACAUGAUUUCAUUUUGGUUUACUCAAUAAACUUAAUUUGAUAAAUUCUCACGUAACAAUAAUUCAUGUUCUAGAAGAUACAGUGGAUAAGACCAUGCAUACUAAAUCAAACCUAGCAAACAAUAAUAUGGCUUUUUAUUAACUGCAAGCUCAGUCAUUGUUCAGUACUUUGUUUUUGGCUGUAUUUUCUUGGUGAAGACAGGCAGAUUUUAUAUGGUAGUACAACAGCAUUCAAAAGAAAUGCUUCACAAAGUGUAUUAGGUGAGCAAAAUAAAGCUUUUUUUUUUUUUAAGCUUUAUAACAACUUUGUUUUCUGGAAACCUGACACAACUAUUCUUUCCAUUUGUUUUCCUCAAGUACUACUAUUACCAAACUCCGUUAAAAAAAUAUUGUUCAACUCAUCUCAAUUUUUUCAAAAUAAUUGUUUCUGCUGAAAACAUAAUCACUACAGAGAGUGAUUAAUUGGGCAGAACAAACCAUUGGUUGCCCCCAAAUACCACUGGAUGACAUUGCCAGGUCUCUCUGUUUCAGCAGAGUAAGGACGAUACUUAGGGAUGAUUCACACCCUGGUCAGUGUCUGGCCAGCAGAGCUGGCUGGAGAAUUCUGGGAGUUGAAGUCCACAAGUCUUAAAGUUGUCAAGUUUGAAGACCUCUGCCUUGGGAGGAUCUCAGGGUUUCCAUCUAGUUUCCUGGAAAGAAAAACAAACCUAUCAAAAUUUGUUUUAUUUUUUAAAAAAGUGCUGUCUAUUCCAAAACACAGCUUUUCCAAGAUGAAUUUCAGCACUAUAUGGGGUUCUGCGUUACAGCCAUGGAAGCUAAACGAGAAGCAAACACUUUCCUUAAGUAAUCCAGUUAACUGGGUGUCAGGUUCGUUUUAACUACCAUCCUAAUUUAGAAGAGAGAAAUGAAGCCAUGCUGAGGCAGCCGGGGAAAAAAAUAUCCCUCCCUGCCUCCCGCUAAAAUCCGCCGGGGAAUCCCGAUCCUUCACUCUCCCCUCAGCCCCGUCUUCCCCCCGCCCCAAGCUCUGCGAAGGCCAUUUUCCCCACGAACGAGACGAGCCCGUGCAGGCUAGAGUGGCCAACCGGAAGCCCCCGGCCUUUUCUCCUGAAUUGGAAGACGUCGUUUCCCCCGUCUAACAGUAGAGUCGGCUUGAAAAGCCGGCUAGGCGGACCCUGCGCUGCGCGGAGGCCUGAGGGGUUGGGGGGGAGAGAAAGCGGACGGAAACGGUGGGUACGCGCGCAGCCUCGGUUCGCUGCUCGGUGCGGCGCGCGCCCCACCCACUCGCACCCCGCCUCCCUUCCCUCCAUCUCUCCGCAUCUCUCCAACCCUGGUCGGCAGCAACCCGGGAAAGAUCCUCUGAAAGUGCCAAGCCGGCAUCUCGCAACCUUUAGCGCCGCUCCUCGCUUUUCUCGUGUUCGAAGUCCCCGCCUGCCUUAUUUGUCCUCUCGGCAUCCCUCCCGCCGCCUCUGCCUCCUGCUUUUUUUUUUUUUUUAACCGCGCCCGCCGCGAAUGGAUUUGCCCACCAGCCAGUGCAAAAAAGUCAAGCUGAGCAACAAAGUGCAGAGCUGGGGGAUGCAGAGAGCUACCAAUGUCACCUAUCAAGCCCACCAUGUUAGCAGAAAUAAGAGGGGCCAGGUGGUGGGGACCAGAAGUGGAUUUCGGGGAUGCACAGUAUGGUUAACAGGACUAUCUGGAGCUGGAAAGACCACUGUUAGUAUGGCACUUGAAGAAUAUCUAGUAUGCCAUGGCAUUCCAUGCUACACUUUAGAUGGUGACAACAUCAGACAAGGCCUCAAUAAGAAUCUAGGUUUUUCACCAGAAGACAGAGAAGAAAAUGUACGUCGGAUUGCUGAGGUUGCUAAAUUAUUUGCGGAUGCUGGCUUGGUGUGCAUUACUAGCUUUAUUUCUCCUUAUGCCCAGGACCGCAACAAUGCAAGACAAAUUCAUGAAGUAGCAAAUCUUCCUUUCUUUGAAGUAUUUGUGGAUGCUCCAUUGUAUGUUUGUGAACAGAGGGAUGCGAAAGGCCUCUAUAAAAAAGCUCGUGCUGGUGAAAUUAAAGGUUUUACUGGCAUUGACUCAGAGUAUGAAAAACCCGAAGCUCCCGAGUUGGUACUCAAAACUGAUUCCUGUGAUGUCAAUGACUGCGUUCAACAAGUUGUGGAACUUCUACAAGAACGGGAUAUUGUACCAGUGGAUGCCUCUUAUGAGGUGAAAGAACUAUAUGUGCCUGAAAAUAAGCUUAAGCUGGCCAAAACAGAUGCAGAAACAUUGCCAACUCUGGAAAUAAAUAAGGUUGAUAUGCAGUGGGUUCAAGUUCUUGCAGAGGGAUGGGCAACCCCACUUAAUGGCUUUAUGAGAGAAAGAGAAUAUCUUCAGUGCCUUCAUUUUGACUGUCUACUGGAUGGUGGGGUCAUUAAUUUAUCAGUGCCUAUAGUGUUGGCAGUUACAGAAGAGGACAAGGAAAGACUGGAUGGAUGCACAGCUUUCGCCUUGCUAUAUGAUAAUCAGCGUGUAGCUAUUGUUCGCAAUCCGGAGUUCUAUGAACACCGAAAAGAAGAACGUUGUGCCAGACAGUGGGGAACAACAUGCAAAGAGCACCCAUAUAUCAAGAUGGUUAUGGAACAAGGGGAUUGGCUUGUGGGCGGUGAUCUCCAAGUCCUGGAUCGAAUUUAUUGGAAUGAUGGUCUUGACCAGUACCGUCUCACACCGGCUGACUUAAAGCAGAAGUUCAAAGACAUGAAUGCUGAUGCUGUCUUUGCUUUCCAGUUGCGCAACCCUGUGCACAAUGGACAUGCCCUGUUGAUGCAGGACACACACAAGCAGCUUCUGGAUCGAGGUUACAGGCGCCCAGUUCUGCUUUUGCAUCCUCUGGGUGGCUGGACAAAGGAUGAUGAUGUUCCUCUGAUGUGGCGAAUGAAGCAACAUGCAGCAGUGCUAGAGGAAGGAAUAUUGAAUCCAGAAACAACUGUUGUGGCCAUAUUUCCCUCUCCUAUGAUGUAUGCUGGACCAACCGAGGUUCAGUGGCAUUGCAGGGCGAGAAUGGUGGCUGGAGCAAACUUCUAUAUAGUGGGCCGAGACCCAGCUGGAAUGCCACAUCCUGAGACUGGGAAAGACCUCUAUGAUCCAACCCAUGGUGCCAAAGUCUUGACUAUGGCACCAGGUUUGAUAACAUUGGAAAUUGUACCUUUCAGAGUGGCAGCAUAUAAUAAGAAAAAGAAGUGCAUGGAUUACUACGACUCAGAACACCAUGAAGAUUUUGAAUUCAUUUCAGGAACUCGCAUGCGCAAACUGGCUCGAGAAGGUCAAAAUCCUCCAGAAGGUUUCAUGGCUCCUAAAGCGUGGACUGUCCUGACAGAGUAUUACCAAUCCCUGGAAAAAGUUUAAGCUGCUCUUGUUCAUUGAGAUCAACCUUUGACACUUGAUUUAUUGACAGGACAGGGGACCACUCAGUGAUGCUGCUUUGUUGCAGCCUUCAUCAGAAAACCAUUCCUAAAUAUCUUCCUUAAGAACCAUUCUAUGAUUUUCUUACAUGUUUUGUUACAUAUUGCUAACAAACUUGUUUUUUAACGUCUUCUCUUUAUUUACGUUUUUAUUAUAGUAGGGGUUUUUUUUUAAAAAAAAAUCCUUUGUUUUAAUAUUCUAUUUACUCCUCUUAGUUGACCUGUACUUUUCUGGGAUGCUGAAACUUACUUUUUUUUCUUUUCCCUUUAUGUAAUGGAAUUCCAACACUGUGUUUUAUAGUUUAAGGAAUAACUAUUAUAAUCUGAUUACAUGAGCUAGAAAAAGGUGUUGAAUUUGAUCAUCAUAAAAUGGAUUUUAAUGUACUACAGUUGUACUUUUCGGUCUGGACUUUGAGGUUCUUAUAUGGAAUCUCCAAAGUAACCAUGGAUGGGAAAUUAAACAUUGUUUGAUAAAUGUGUGAUUUUUAUUUUUGCCUAGCUUUUUCUUAAUCAUGUAUAAAAAUUAUGGGAAAUACAACAAGGCAUCCUGAUUAUAUGGAUCACUAAUUUUGUUUCAUGUGUUUCUGGUGGUUGUAACACUAUUGCUGUCUUUCAAACUUUUGUUUUAAACUUUUCUGCUCAAUAUAGUGCUCUUUUAAAAUUA